GCUUCCCUCUCCCUCUCUCGAUUCCAGGCGGUAGGAGGAGCUCGCGCCCCCCAAUUGUUCCAGAUCCGGGACUUCAGGCGCCUCUGCCCCUGCGCUGAGGGCAUCGCGGCGCGGUCCUCGGGGAGCGUUGAGAGAGAGCGGCGCUUCUGGCUUCCCCCCUUUUGGCGCGAGCGGAAGAAAGACGCCGCCGCCGCCUCAGGUUCCCGAGCCUGCCGCCGGCUCCAAGGGAUGGAGGCGCCGGCGUCGGCGUGGUGGGCCGGGGUCUGCCUUUGCCCGGGCCGGCGGCAGCGGCGGCGCAGCGGUCUCAGCAACAGCGGUGGGCACUGAGUGAGGCGCAGCCGCAGCGGCGUGGGGCGCGCGCGUCAGGGGCGCAAGGCUGGCUGUCGGGGCGCGCGCGCGGGAAGGGUGGGCGCGCGGCCUCCUUCUGGACCGGGCCUGGGCGGCGCUGCGGGACUCCAUCCUCAGAGGUGCUGAAUUCUGAAUAUUGAACAAAAGUGUCGUGCUUGGAUUAGCCCAGUCGGUUCCCUCCCUUUUGCAUUAAAGUGACUGUCUCCUGGAGGAUUAUUGGCAGAGAGAAAUCUUUUGGAAACAUUCCCUCCUGAACCGCCUUGAAGUUUUAUCCACAGUCAUGUGGUCACUACAGCUGCUGUUCUUCACAGUGUUCUUGGCAUCCGCUGUCCAUUCUUUUAGCCGUGCCCCUGUUCCGAUGGCUGUGGUCCGGAGAGAACUGUCCUGUGAAAGCUACCCCAUAGAAUUGCGCUGCCCAGGAACAGAUGUUAUCAUGAUUGAAAGUGCCAACUAUGGCAGGACAGAUGAUAAAAUCUGUGACUCUGAUCCUGCUCAGAUGGAGAAUAUCCGCUGCUAUCUGCCAGAUGCCUAUAAGAUUAUGACUCAAAGGUGCAGCAACCGGACACAGUGUGCAGUGGUAGCAGGCCCAGAUGUUUUUCCUGACCCUUGUCCAGGGACAUACAAGUACUUAGAAGUGCAAUAUGAAUGUGUCCCUUACAAAGUGGAACAAAAAGUUUUUCUUUGCCCUGGACUACUAAAAGGAGUAUAUCAAAGUGAACAUUUAUUUGAGUCCGACCAUCAGUCAGGAGCCUGGUGUAAGGAUCCCCUGCAGGCUUCUGACAAGAUCUACUACAUGCCGUGGACUCCCUACAGAACGGAUACCCUGACGGAGUACUCUUCCAAAGAUGAUUUCAUAGCUGGAAGACCAACCACAACAUACAAGCUGCCACACCGGGUAGAUGGUACAGGGUUUGUGGUGUAUGAUGGGGCUUUGUUUUUCAACAAAGAACGGACAAGGAAUAUUGUCAAAUUCGAUCUACGGACGAGAAUAAAAAGCGGGGAAGCUAUCAUUGCCAAUGCCAACUACCAUGACACUUCCCCUUACAGGUGGGGAGGCAAAACUGAUAUAGACCUCGCUGUGGACGAGAAUGGCCUUUGGGUAAUCUAUGCAACAGAACAAAACAAUGGUAAAAUUGUAAUCAGCCAACUGAAUCCUUACACCUUGCGGAUUGAAGGCACAUGGGAUACAUCUUAUGACAAGAGGUCGGCUUCCAAUGCAUUCAUGGUCUGUGGCAUUUUAUACGUGGUGAAAUCUGUCUAUGAGGAUGAUGAUAAUGAAGCAACGGGAAAUAAAAUAGACUACAUUUACAACACUGACCAAAGCAAGGAGAGUGUGGUGGAUGUCCCUUUCCCAAACUCAUAUCAGUAUAUUGCUGCUGUGGAUUACAAUCCAAGGGACAACCUUCUUUAUGUAUGGAACAACUAUCAUGUCGUUAAAUAUUCUCUGGAUUUCGGACCUCUGGACAGCAGAACAGGACAGAUACAUCAUGGUCAAGUUUCUUACCUUGUUCCUCCAAUUCAUCUGGACUCUGAUCUUGAGAGACAAUCAUUUAAAGCAUCAACAUCUGGAGCAAUGGGUCUAGGUGGGACUACGACAAGCACCACAGCACGCAUUAUUACCAGCAGUACUACACACAUGACCACCACACCAGCUUUGAGCAGAAGGAACAGGAGCACAAUUACACCUUCUCCAGCUCUGGAUGUCCCCAAUGAACUGAUCACAUACCUACCACCUGCAUCUUCUCAGCUGCCUGCAAUAGGAGCAGAGAGCUGUGAGACCAUGGAAGCCCGUGAGAUCAUGUGGUUUAAGACUCGACAAGGACAGGUAGCUAAGCAGCCAUGCCCCAGAGGAACCGUAGGUGUUUCAACAUUUCUCUGCCUUGCUCCUGGUGGUGUGUGGGAUCCCCAAGGGCCGGACUUGAGCAACUGUUCCUCACUUUGGGUCAAUCAUAUUACACAGAAGUUGAAAUCUGGAGAGACAGCUGCCAAUGUUGCUAGAGAACUAGCUGAGCAAACAAAAACCCAUCUGAAUGCUGGUGACAUCACUUAUUCCGUUCGUGCCAUGGAUCAGUUGGUGGGUCUAUUGGAUGUGCAGCUCCGAAACCUGACACCUGGCGGAAAAGAUAGUGCUGCGCGUAGCUUAAACAAGCUUCAGAAACGGGAACGCUCCUGCAGAGCCUAUGUCCAGGCUAUGGUUGAAACGGUCAAUAACCUCCUUCAGCCACAGGCUUUGAAUGCCUGGCGGGAUCUACCUGCAAGUGAUCAGUUGCGUGCAGCAACCAUGUUACUGGACACAGUGGAAGAAAGUGCCUUUGUGCUGGCUGACAACCUUCUCAAGACUGAUAUUGUGAGGGAGAGUACUGACAAUAUUCAGCUGGAAGUAGCAAGAUUAAGUACCGAAGGAAACUUGGAAGGCCUGAAGUUUCCACAGAAUACAGUCUAUGGUAGUACUAUCCAGCUGUCAGCAAACACAUUGAAACAGAAUGGUCGAAAUGGUGAAAUCCGAGUGGCCUUUGUCCUGUACAACAACCUGGGCCCCUACCUGUCCACAGAGAACGCCACCAUGAAAUUGGGGAUGGAAGCAAUGUCAACAAAUCAUUCUUUAAUAGUCAAUUCUCCGAUUAUCACAGCAGCAAUAAACAAAGAAUUCAGCAAUAAGAUUUAUUUGGCUGAUCCUGUGGUGUUCACUGUCAGGCACAUUAAGCAGUCAGAGGAAUAUUUCAACCCCAACUGUUCAUUCUGGAGCUAUUCUAAACGCACAAUGACAGGGUAUUGGUCAACUCAAGGAUGUCGUCUACUGGUGACAAACAAGACACACACCUCAUGUUCCUGUAAUCACCUAACCAACUUCGCUGUCCUGAUGGCCCAUGUGGAAGUGAAGCAUGGUGAUGCAGUCCGCGACCCACUCCUGGAUGUCAUUACCUGGGUCGGCAUUCUCCUGUCCAUUGUCUGCCUCCUGUUCUGUAUCUUUACCUUCUGCUUCUUUCGUGGGCUCCAGAGUGACAGAAACACUAUCCAUAAAAACUUGUGUAUCAGCCUGUUUGUGGCAGAGCUUCUUUUCCUCAUUGGGAUCGACAGGGCUGACCAGCCGAUAGCCUGUGCUGUAUUUGCUGCCCUCUUGCACUUCUUCUUCCUUUCUGCGUUCACGUGGAUGUUUCUGGAGGGAGUACAGCUCUACAUCAUGUUGGUGGAGGUCUUUGAAAGUGAACAUUCACGGAGAAAAUACUUCUACUUGGUUGGCUAUGGCAUGCCUGCCCUGAUUGUGGCUGUUUCAGCAGCAGUGGACUACAGAAGUUACGGCACAGGAAAAGUAUGUUGGCUUCGACCUGACACUUACUUCAUCUGGAGCUUUAUAGGACCAGCAACCUUGAUAAUUAUGCUUAAUGUAAUCUUCCUUGGAAUUGCUCUUUAUAAAAUGUUUCAUCAUACUGCCAUAUUGAAACCUGAAUCUGGGUGCCUCGACAAUAUCAACUUUGAGGAUAACAGACCCUUCAUCAAAUCCUGGGUUAUUGGUGCAAUAGCUCUGCUCUGUCUAUUAGGACUGACCUGGGCCUUUGGACUCAUGUAUAUUAAUGAAUGCACAGACAUCAUGGCAUACCUCUUCACCGUUUUCAAUUCCCUACAGGGAAUGUUUAUAUUCAUUUUCCACUGUGUUCUACAGAAAAAGGUACGUAAAGAAUACGGGAAAUGCCUGCGUACACACUGCUGUAGCGGGAAAAGUACAGAGAGCUCCAUUGGCUCAGGCAAAACCUCUGGAUCCCGAACUCCAGGACGAUAUUCCACAGGAUCACAGAGCCGAAUUCGCAGGAUGUGGAAUGACACUGUUCGAAAGCAGUCAGAGUCCUCCUUCAUCACUGGUGAUAUAAACAGUUCUGCAUCACUUAACAGAGGAGCCAUGGCUAACCAUCUUAUAACCAAUGCUCUUCUUCGUCCUCAUGGCACUAACAACCCUUAUAACACAUUGCUCGGGGAAUCGGCCGUCUAUAACAACCCUUCCGUCAGCAUGUACAACACGCCAGAGCCCUACAGAGAGACAAAGGGGCUUCUGAACAAUGCCAGGGAUACAAGUGUCAUGGAUACUCUACCACUGAAUGGUAACCACGGCAAUAGCUACAGUAUUGCCAGCAGUGAGUACCUGAGCAACUGUGUGCAGAUCAUUGACCAUAGUUAUAACCAGAGUGAGACUGCCUUAGAGAAAAAGAUUCUGAAAGAACUCACCUCCAACUAUAUCCCUUCCUAUCUGAACAACCACGAGUGCGCCAAUGAGCAGAGUAGGAAUCUGAUGAACACGUUUGUCAACAAUCUAGGCAGUGGGAAUGAGGAUGAUGCCAUUGUUCUUGACGAUGUCAGCUCAUUCAACCAAGAAGAGACCAUGGGCUUGGAACUCAUCCAUGAGGAAUCAGAUGCCCCAUUGCUACCCCCCAGGGUGUACUCUGCCGAGAACCACCAGCCUCACCAUUACAGCAGGAGACGGAUCCCGCAAGACAACAGUGAAAGUUUUUUCCCCUUGCUGACCAAUGAGCACACAGAAGAUCUCCAGUCACCCAACAGAGAUUCUCUUUAUACGAGUAUGCCUACUCUGGCCAGCAUGCCAACCACAGAAGGUGUCACCACCAGCACUCAGACCGAAACCCCACCAGCUAAAAGUGGUGACGCUGAUGACGUGUACUACAAGAGUAUGCCAAACCUGGGCUCCAGGAACCACGUCCAGCAGCUACACACUUAUUACCAGUUGGGGCGUGGCAGCAGCGAUGGGUUUAUAGUCCCACCAAACAAGGACGGGACCCCAGCAGAAGGAACUUUGAAAGGACCAGCUCACUUGGUCACUAGUCUAUAGAACACUACGGAAACAUUUUAACAAAGCAAAUGCCCCUUGUCCAACACUUGGAUGACUGUUUGGAGUUCAAAUGGUGAUAAUAUUGUGUGUUCCCCUACUUCAUGCUGAUCUAAACAACAAACACUUCUCAUAUCUUUUUAAUGGAAUUUGUAGGCCCACCCAGAAAGAAUGCUAACUGCUGUGAUCCCCCCGUCCUGUCCCCAGCCCUGCCCCACACCAGAGAGACUUCCAUGUGCUAGAUCAAGGGAGGUGGCAGCAAGUGGUCCACUCCUGGAUCUCCUCAAAUUAUACUGUCUGUAAACAUUUUCAGAUGUGCUCUUCCUCUUAUUGCCAAGGACCUGGUUUACAAAAGGCCAAACAUGCAUUCAAAACGACUAGCGGUGAUGCAUCUAGACUGGAGUGCUGCACAAAACAGAAGCAAAAAUAGUCAAACUGUUUAAUCUGAAUCUGUAUCACAUAAUAAUAAUAGUUUUUGGUCUCUUACCACUUGAUAUAACCACAGCUCCUUCCGCUGUGGAGCAAACAAUACCUAAGGAAAUAGAAAGGAAGUCUGUAAUUGUAUGCUGCACAGCAUAUUUUUAUGUUUUUCUGUAUUAACUGAUGAUAAUUCUAAUGGCAGAAAAAAAAUGGAACAACUCCUAUGUAAUGUACAGAUACUAGCAUUGCACAUAUAGUCUGCUUUUUGUUCCGCCAGAACUUGCGUCCCUGUUAAUGUAGUGGAAAAAACAAACAAUUUUUUCUGUUGUGCUGGUCUUGCAAGUUUGUCUACCAGUAGAAGCAAGAAUUUUUCAUACAUCCUGUUUUGGCCAUUUUUCCAUUAAAAAAUCCACUGGAUAAAACAAAGUAAUUUACUUUAUAAAGACCUUUCUUUUCAAUAAUAUACACCACAUUUCUGCCGUAUAAUAUAUCUUUCCUCCACACCUUAUUCCUUUCCUCUGCUGAUAAGUUUGCCAAUAUACACUUCAACCAGGUCAAAUCUUGGUGUUUUUAGGCACAACCGAUGAGAUGUGGCAGCAUUUGUGGCAACCAGCCUUUCACGAAAGUGUUAGGUACCUUUCCAGGAGCCUGGAUGAUAAUAAAAAGAGGAUUUCUGCAUGUGAACUCAGGACCUCUGCAGAAGACAAAGUCUAAUGCUUAGGUGAGGAAAUUUUAUUGAAAACUGACUCAUAGAAAUGAAUUUUUAAAUUGUUUUGAAGCGGGGAAAAUCUUUCCAUUAUUUUUUCCUGCUAGGAAAUCUAUUUAUUUGACAAGAUUUAAAGUAAUGUGGGCCCUGGUGGCGCAGUGGGUUAAAGCGCUGAGCUGCUGAGCUUGUUGACCGAAAGGUCGCAGGUUCGAUUCCGGAGAGCGGCUGUCAGCCCUAGCUUCUGCCAACCUAGCAGUUCGAAAACAUGCAAAUGUGAGUAGAUCAAUAGGUACCGCUCCGGCGGGAAGGUAACGGCGCUCCAUGCAGUCAUGCCGGCCACAUGACCUUGGAGGUGUCUAUGGACAACGCCGGCUCUUCGGCUUAGAAAUGGAGAUGAGCACCAACCCCCAGAGUCAGACAUGACUGGACUUAAUGUCAGGGGACAACCUUGACCUAAAGUAUUUAUUUGACAAGAUUUAAAGUAAUGUGGGUCCCGGUGGCGCAGUGGGUUAAAGCACUGAGCUGCUGAGCUUGUUGACCGAAAGGUUGCAGGUUCGAUUCUGGGGAGCAGUGUGAGCUUCCGCUGUCAGCCCUAGCUUCUGCCAACCUAGCAGUUCGAAAACAUGCAAAUGUGAGUAGAUCCACGGGAAGGUAACGGCGCUCCAUGCAGUCAUGCCGGCCACAUGACCUUGGAGGUGUCUACGGCAACGCUGGCUCUUCGGCUUAGAAAUGGAGAUGAGCACCACACCCCAGAGUCAGACAUGACUGGACUUAAUGUCAGGGGACAACCUUUACCUAAAGUAAUGUAUUCCUUCCCAAUAGGUCAAUUCGCAGCACAGGUUCUACCUUUUAAAAUUGACAAUACGUUUUGUACGGUCACGGAAUUGAAAUGACCUCAUUACUAAUAUUUGUUGUAACAGUGAGAUUUGUUUGCUAACCAAUAAACAUCUGAUGAUGAUUUAGAAGGCACUGUAUGUAUGUCCUGUACAGUCUCUCCUAACUUUUUCCAUCUAGAGCAAAAGAUUUUAGUUCUUUUAGAAUGAAGAUAGCUAUGCAAAUAAAAAGAUUAUUCAGCACAAAAUUAUGCAGAGAGGGUCUGGAUUAAAGUAGUUGCAUUAAUGCACUUAAUUUGCACCUUGUUGAUGCUAUAUAUAGAGCAGUCAUGGGGAAGUCAGAGUAGAUUUGGGAUUGUGUGGCAUGAAAAAGGAAGAGGAGGAGUUUAGGUUUUUUCCCCCUCUCUAUGACAAUCCAAACAAAGUAUCUGCCUAUCAAGGAAAGCUGCUCACACCAUAGACCAGGGGUCCUCAAACUUUUUAAACAGAGGGCCAGGUUACAGUCCCUCAAACUGUUGGAGGGCCGGAUUAUAAUUUGAAAAAAAAAAUGAACGAAUUCCUAUGCACACUGCACAUAUCUUAUUUGUAGUGCAAAAAACACUUAAAAACAAUACAAUAACACUGUUCUACAAAUUUUCAGUUUUUCUCAGUUGCGGAAAUGAAAUGUGCCGUUUCUUAAUAAAUUUAACAUGCUGAAUUCAAAUAUAAUAAUUAAAUGUGUUAAUUGGCUCUGGUUUUUAUGCAACAGCUAUUUCAAUUUUCUCCACAAUAGGUAAUUCGUUAAUAUUAUGAUAAUGCGCCUAACCUUACUGCAUGUAUAUAAACCGUGAAUAUUUACUAAAUUUUAGUCAAAUUAUAUUGCCAAUAGUUUAUACAUGAGAAAUAUUUAAUUAGUCUAUUGUUUAUGUUUGUGCAGCAAGAAACUAUAUUAGUAGGCCUAAUGCAGUUGAAAAGUCUGAAAGUUUAAAUGUCGCUUUAAUCGUGACUUUAGUUUAUAUCCUGUUUGCUUCUCUUGACUUUUCUUUUGUAUUCAAGGAAAGGAUUGUCUCUUACAAUGCUCCAGCAGUAGUCUGACAGCAUUGACGGAGUCCAUUUGCCUUGAUAUCUUUUUUCCAUAGUGCUUUAUUUACACACGUGCGAGGCAUAACUACAGUAAAAAGAACAAUGUAAAACGAUGUUUAACGAUACUGUCUCAGUCUUCAACUGACUGACCCUCACCGUUCAAAAGUCUGGCCUUAUAUAGGGCUUUCUGGCUUUUGCACACGGCACUAAUACUACGUCAUCAAACUUUCUAGAAUAUUCUAGAAUCUUCCAUAGUGUAAGUCGCAACAUGCAUUUUUUCAACCAUACAUGAUCACGUGAUUGCUUAUAUCAUAAAAACUAGAGCCAAUAUACAUUUUUAAAUGUCAUUUUUGUUUUCAGCACCCCAAAAUCAUAAAAGAACAACUAUUUUCAGGCCCGCAACUUUUUCUCCGUUGAACAGUAUAAUUAAAAUGAAGAACAAUUUUAACAAAUAUCUUAUUAGUAUUUCAAUGGGAAGUGUGGGCCUUUUGGCUGAUGAGACAGGAUUGUUGUUGUUGUGUGCUUUCAAGUUGUUUCAGACUUAGGUUGACCCUGAACGAGGGCCGGGCAAAUGACCUUGUAGGGCCGUAUUCGGCCCCCGGGCCGUAGUUUGAGGAACCCUGCCAUAGAGCUUUCCAUUAAAUUCAAAUACCAUCAUCAGAGAAUAGGUUUUGUCUGGUAGAAAAAAAUGUUCACUCUCACAAAUGUGCAAGCCACAAACAUGCAUGAAUGAAUAUCUGCACACACACAAACAUAUACACCUCCUAAACUGCUAAGGUUUCCCUUAGUGGCCUCCCUGUUUAUGAGGAGCACAUUAAUUGCCUUCAGGUAAUUAACAUCACAUCGAGUUUGGUCUUGCAUUUUGUCAGCUCAUGUGAUGCCUCUCCAGGAAUGUUUCUCCUUUGUUUUCCUGCUUGCCAUUGUUAAUUUCAUCUUCAAGAAAGAAGCCAUCGCUCUCAGUCAGAUUAGCAUGCUUAAAAACUGGGAAACAAUUAGUUGAGAAGAGCCCACUAAAUUCACGAGAAAAUGAAAUAGCCGUGCUGAACUGUAUCUCCUAGGGAGUUGUUGAGAGAUCUUUUUUGGCAUUCCACACCCUGACCUAAGUGCUCUUUUGUCAAUACUUGCUUGCAGGAUUUUGCAAAAUAAAUUAAAAUAAAUUCA